AUGGCCUUCGAGACUAACUAUCCUAUUCCAUACCGAAGCAAACUGACCGAGCCGUUUGAGCCUGGACAGACGCUCACUGUCAAGGGAAAGACUGGCGAGGAUUCCGUCCGUUUCACCAUCAAUCUACACAACUCAUCGGCUGACUUCUCUGGGAACGAUGUUCCCCUUCAUGUCAGUGUGCGUUUCGACGAAGGAAAGAUCGUCUGUAAUUCAUUUGCAAAGGGAGAAUGGGGAAAGGAAGAGAGAAAGAGCAAUCCCUACAAGAAAGGAGACGACAUCGACAUCCGUAUCCGAGCUCACGAUAGCAAAUUCCAGAUCUUUGUUGAUCAGGUAUGUGUUUCUCAACCUAUUUUUCAAAAUGAACACUACUGGGGAUAA